AUGGCGCAGCAACAACAGCGGAGCCACUGGCUAGACAAGUAUGCAAACAACCAUGCUGUUUGGAAGGCAUCAAUUGCCCCCAAUGGGAAUCAAGCGUUCCAGCGUCCCCUGGGAUUAGUGGAAACCUCUUUUGAUGCUGAUGGCACAUACUAUGGCGGUCGGGCAGAUAUGACUAGUUUAUUUACCUUAGCCGUUCAGCACAAACUCUCAAAGGAUGAACUCCGGCAUAGGAUAGCCUUAGCAUGGACUUCCCUUCGCCUGCAGCACCCUCUUCUUCUGGCACGUGUCCAUGACGACCCGGAUACAGGAAUGCGUGGAUUUGCAGUGGAUAUCCCCUCUACACAGGACGCUGCUAUCCAGGCUGUCAAUGACAACAUCGUUUGGAUCGAGGAUGCAUAUGACGAAGUCAAUGACAAAGAAAUUUACCACCACGCCUUCAAUGUGACAAGAAUCAUUGAGCCCAGGAAAUGCCUCUCGAAAAUACAUGUUCUACCAAUUACACGCCUUCCUAACGGGACAUACUCUCUUCGACUCCUUAUUGUAAUUGCGCACCAAAUAUCUGAUGGCUUGUCGGCGUACAACUGGUUCAGUCACUUCAAUCGCAUUAUGAACCAGUCGCCUCACGAGCUUUUAGCAGAUAUCGAGACAUUCCGCAAAGCAGACAAUAUAAAGGCCAUUCUACCAGUAGCCCAAGAAGACCUGUAUCCACCCAUUGUUGGGAACAAAGCAAGGCAACGCUGGUUCUGGGCCUUGAUCCGCGUGUUGCGCCAUGUACACAAAGGCUUACCAACGACAUUUACGAACCCGCUUCGCCGCGAACGGAGACUGGAAGUGCCAAUGCCAUUGGAGCCAAAAUUUGACAAGAUCUUUGACUACAGUGCUUCAUCACGGCCACCAAUGUCAUGCGGACACAUCAACGCCGCACUCUCCGCUUCUGCAUCCUCCCGCCUCAUAUCGCUCUGCCGUUCCGCACAAGUCUCCAUAGGCGCCGGCUGCUUUGCUCUCGCAGGUCUAGCCAUGAUGUCGAUCCACGAAUCCCUCAAUCCUUUAUCCCAACAACCCCCUUUCACAGCAUCCUUCCCACUAAACCCGCGCGCCUGGUUCGUCAACCCCCCACCUCCAGAAUCAUGCAUGCUGGCUUUCAGCGAAGGCAUCGUCAUGCCCUUUCUCUCCUCGGAACUCCCAAUCGAAGGCAGAUUCAAAUUGGUAGCCAAGCACGCAAACCGCGAACUAAAGGGUUACCAGAAGCGGCUCAGGGGAAAAGGUACGGCCGGACCGGCGGGUAUACUGGACAAACACUCUCCAGCCCGCCUUCUUGCAACGGGAUAUGUUGCGCAAAUCGAGAUUAUCCAAGGUAAAUUGCCGCCUGAACGACGUUCCUCGUCUUACAGCAACCCGCAAGGCUCGCUUCUGCCCGAUAUGGCAGGAUUCAGAGCGACGUGCGGUGUUUCUUCUGUAGGAUCUCUUGCGACAUUUUUCAAGCCUGGGGCGUAUAAUCUUCAAGAUCUGGGUGACAGGGAUUUCGCAGCGGAUUUCCGAAAUGUGAAUAUAGGUGUUAGGGCGAGGGAGAAUGAGUUUUUGGUGGGAAGUUUGACUACUGCUGAGGGUAUUGUGGCAUUUGGAGUGAGUUAUGAUUUGAAUGCUAUUAGUCAAGAGAGGGCGGAGUUGUGGAAGAUGACGAUUGAGAGUUUGUUGGAGGUCGGAGGGCAGGCGAAGUUAUAA